UCGUGCCAUCUCGGCUUGGCACGAGUCAUCACGUGACGGUGACAAACCAAUUACCAUCAGGGUUUCGCCCGCGGAAAAGCCGACGCGCCAGCUUCCAAGGAUUUAUUUUACUGAAUGAUGCUGGGGCCGAAGCCUGGCGGGAAGAAAGACAUGAAGAAAGCUGCCAAGCCUGGUUCCAGCACCCCAGAUCACAAGGGGGAAGACUCUUCCGCCUCAGAGGCCGAACCUGCAACCUCUUCACAGAAAAAGGAGAAGCCGUCGUCGUCCAAGUCUCAUGGUUCAUCACGUGGGGAGAGCAAGGCCACGAAACGAAAGCUGUUCAUGGUGUCCAACAUACUGGAUGAAGGUGACGCAGAAAAGAAGACUCCAGAAAGAAAGCGAAAGAAGACGGGUGACGAUGCGUCCGCUAGCACGCCGUCUCGACCCAUCCCCCUCUCGGAACGUCAGCAGCUCGCGCUCAUUAUGCAGAUGACGGCCGCGGAAUCUGGGUCACCAGGUAGGAAUGGCUCGCCCUCCGGCGCCAGUAACGACAGAAGAUCCUCGGAGCCAAGCAGUGCCAAGAAGAAGAACGACAAGGUCAACAAGCGCAACGAGCGCGGGGAGACGCCGCUGCACAUGGCCGCCAUCAAGGGAGACGCAGACCUGCUCAGGCAGCUCAUCAAGCAGGGGGCGGAGGUCAAUGCCAAGGACUUCGCCGGCUGGACGCCACUACAUGAGGCGUGUAACCACGGUUACUACGAAGUUGCCAAGAUGCUUCUGCAGGCAGGAGCCAACGUCAACACGCAGGGGCUGGACGAUGACACGCCCCUGCACGACGCGGCCAGUAACGGCCAUCCACAUAUAGUGGAGCUCCUGCUGAAGCACGGGGCGGACCCCCUCCAGGCCAACACCAAGGGGAAGACUCCCAUAGACGUGGCGGAGAACGAGACCGUGGAGAGGCUACUGAAGAGCGAGACCAUCGCAUCCAGUAGUGACUCGUCGGACAGCCUGGACGUCAAGUCGCCCACGUCGCCUGAGAGCCUGGCUUCACUCAACGAUGAAACACCAGCAGGGAAGAAGUCAGGAGAUAGGGAGAGAAAGCAUGCAGAAGGCAAUGAGUUUGCAGCAGAAGAACUGGAACACGGUGGCGCCACCAAACCUAAGGAAACAGCAGAAAGACACAGACAUCCUUCCAAGGGGGAGUUCAGCAAGAGUCCAGCCAGGUGUUCCACAAAAAGUCCAAGCAAUAUCUUCGAAAAAAUUGAAAAAAUCAGUGCCAUUAAGAAGGAGGCAGACAGAAGGUUUGCCUUUGAGAGCAGCGACUCGGACAGAAGUCGAUCCAGCACCCCGGAAAUAAGACUCAGUCGGCUUCCCAAACCAAGGGAAGAUGGCAAGGACAAGACACCCAGGGACAAAGUUAAGGUUCUGAAAACAUACUCAAGGAGUAGCGAGAGUAGGAAAGAUCAGGAAACAGUGGAAAGAACUGAAGACAUUGCGAAGCCUUCUCAAGUAGAGGCCGAGGUUAGCGAAAAGCACAGACACAAGCAGACACUGCCAGAAAGACACUUUGAGUCAGACUCUGAAAUGGAGGUCAGUAGUGUAUCCAGCAGUGUCUCAAGAGAGGAAAGUGUCGAGAGGAAAGAGAGCAAGAAAGAGUCAAAAAAGGAAGCCAAGCUGUAUUCUGAUAGCAACAUCAAAACUCCCAAGUUGGACGGGAAACAUCAUGAUAAGGGAAUGAAAAGGAAAAGAGAAGAAGAUGCAACAAGCAGUGUUGGGAGUAGUAGUACAUCUUGUGAAACCAAAGAAAAACCAAGCUCAGAAGUAAAAGUGAAGCAUAAACACUUAGCAAAACGGUCAGGAAUCCCCGGCACAAUGCCCGAUGGAACGUUGAAAAAGAAAAUCAAGGGGGACAAAAACCGUGACAGCGAGAAAAGGGAGAAGCCUAAGCAUGCCAACUUGGAAGGGAAGAAAUCUGAUGAGAGGAGAACUAAGGAUCUGGAAGGGAGGUCUGAGAUGCGGAAGGAGAAGGAAAAUGAGGGAAAGAAUUCUCCGCAGGGAGGCGAGAUUCGAAGGCAUUCCCUGCCAGACUUGUCAUCUUCCACGAAAAAGGAGAAGCUAAAAGAACUAAAAAAGAUGGCAAGCUUGGACAAGGCAGAGGAAGGGGUGUUUGGCAGGAUGCUUCACUCUUCUCAUUCUAAGUCCAAGGGCGACGAGACCAAAGUCAAAGCAGAAACCUCAAGAUCAGAUGGACAUGAGGCGGGGACAGAAAAAGCAAGUGAGAAGCACUCAAAGAGUGAGAAGGCUGAAAAGAAGUUGGACAGUCAGGAAAGACAUUCAAAGUCGGACAAGGUAGAGGCAAAAGUACACAAAGGUGAGAGAUCAGAGGGCAAGAUUUCCAAAGGGGAAAGGUCAGAGGACAAGAGUUCAAAGGUUGACAGGUCAGAAGAGAAGAGGUUAAAACUAGAAAAGGCAGAGAAAAGACACAAAAGCGAGCACAAGAGUAAGGAGAAAGGAGAACACUCUCAGAAAGUUCCACACACAAAUUCCAAGAGUGAUUCCAUCCAAACGAAUUCAAAGUCUGACAGCGGAAAGCACAAGCGCAAAGAGGAACAGAAGCACCACAAAAUUAAGUCUGAAUCAUCCCACUCCUCUGACCAAACUAAAGUCGCUAAACACAAAUCGGACAAACUGAAACCUGUCAAUUUGGAAAGAAUGAAAAGCAGCAGCUCGGAAUCUCUCCAGUCAUCGACGUCCUCGGAAGUCAAGUCAGAGAAACAUUCACCAAAGACAGAGAAACUGAAGUUGGAGAAGCACAAGGCUGAACUGAAAGCUGCCACUCUGGACAGACUAAAGAGUAGCAGUUCUGAGUCCCUUCAGUCUACAGACAGUUUCAAGGGUGAUAGACAGAAGAUAAAGCACCAUGAAGGGAAGGGAGACGGAGGAAAGGGUUCUCCGCAGGUUGAGAGGACAAGUAUGGACAGCCCGAAGGUUCAUAGGGCACAGGAGAAGUCUGUGAGGAGUGAUUCGUGCAACAGCGAGAGGUCUGGAAUUGAGAGUCCUGCGACGGACAAGCCGAGGGAGAAAAUCAAGUCUCACAAAGGGGAGAAAAGUGGCCACGGCCAUGAGAGUCCGCGUACGGAUAAGCACAGGGAGAAGGAGAGACAUAGAAGUGGGUCGUCAAAGGAGAGCCCUGUGAAAGACAGAAUGAAAGAGAAGCACAGGACAGAGCAUGGGAAGGAGGCAAAGAAGGGAGCAGAGAGUCCAAGGGACGACAAAUUGUUCCCGUGGAAAACAGACCGCAGUGGGUUGGACAGCCCCAAACGGGACAAGUCGAAGCUAGACGUCACAAACAAAGUUGACGGCAGCAAGGUGAAGGAAGUAACCAAGGUCAAGCAUAACUCAAAAGGCGAGAAAGUCAAGUUGGAAGGCUCAAAGAGACUGGAGAGCAAGCCCCACUCACACAAUCAGGAUCUAUUCAAACCAGACAAAGCAAGUAUCGUCAAACCUGAAAAGCUCAAAACCUUUGAUCUCUUUGAGGGAGAAAUAACAGACAAGGCCAAGCACCUAAAGAUUGUAAGAAUUCCAAAGAUCAAAAAGGAUUCCGACAAAGGUGACUCCCUAAGGCCCGACAAGAUAAAGGAGGGUGUCAAGCAUGAGCUAGCAGCAAAGUCAGAACAUCACAAGACUGACAAGGAAAAGCUAGCUCUGAAAGCUGAGAAGUCCAGAGGAGAGGGUGAGAGGAAAGAAAGGGUUAAACUGGAUGGUAAAGACUCUCACGGUGAUGGAACGUACCCUGUGGUUAGACCUCCUGUAGUCACGUCAGCCAACGUGACCAGUACGUUUAGCUCGCAGACCGUAGCCACCACGUCCGUGCCGGUCAUGACGUCCCCCGCGCUGGCCACGACGACCACCAGCAGCACGAUGACGUUCACGUCCUCCAAGCCGCAGGGAGUGAUCGCCGGUCCCGUCGUCACCCAAGCCAGUUCCCCCGCCAACGCAGACUACCUGAAGUCCCUGCUUCUCAAGCCAAAGGUGUCGCAGAUGAUCGUGUCGGAGAGGCCAAAGGUACGCGACCCAGAACCAACGGUGUCGACAACCGUAGAGGAAAGCAAGCCUGCCUCUCGAGAGGAACCGUCAACGGCUGUGAAGGAAAUGACCGUCACAACCACGCCUGUGGUAGAACCACCCGCAGAGAAGGAGAAAGUAGUAACACCCUCAAACCUGCUGCAAGUAAAAGAGACCUUGCCCAAGUCACAGCCAACUCAAGGAGGGGGAGCUUUGUCCAACGACAGUGGUCCAGCGAGGAGUACAACCCCUCAGGCUUCUAUACCUGUGCAUGUCAUCACCCCAACUCCAUCCAGUAAACCUGCAGAACCAGAAAAGUCAACACAGGAAAUUCCAGCUCCUACUCCUGCAACUUUGCCAAGGAAAGAAGAGUCCCCUAUUCUGCCUAUCCCUCCUAUAGGCAUGGUUGUAUCGACGUCUGUAACAGUUAGUACUCCAUCUAUCACAGUUCAAGGCAAGCCAGAAGUCAAAAUGAUAACAGCUGAUAUCCAGCUUGCAGCAACUAAAGAAUCUAUAGGAGAACCAGCCACCACUGAAGCUAAAACAGUACCUCCUGGUCCUUCUGAGGUAUUCAUUUCAACAUCAUCCAGCGUCACCACUCUACCUGUCAUCGUGACCAGCAUAGAACUCAUGGAGACGACUGUCGUAACGACGGUCUGCGUGGAAACCAGCAGCAGCACCAACACCAGCGUAGCUCUACCGGGACCCGGGCAGCCAGCUUUCAGCGUAGCACAGCCUGCAGCUAGCCUCAUUCGUCCACCGGCAACCUCCAGUCCCAGCGUCAAGCAAGAGGAAGACAGCGAACAGAAACCGCAGAGAAUAACGCGAUCCAUGAGAUCGACAUCCUCCCAAGCCUCCACCCCUCCCAUCCCUGCAGAGAAGCUCAUCCUACAACAAGAAGAUUCCAACUCACAGAUGAGCACGGGCCCCAUCAAGGUGGAAGGACAGGCCGCGUCGGUGGAAGACAGCCUGGAAAACGUCCACCCCUUCAGAAGGAAAGUUCUCAAGGUGAAGAACAUCGCGUCGCUGGACGAGCCGUACGUACGCCCCCGCCCGGAGAAGCCCAACCCGUACUGGGAGUACCUGAACAUCAGGAAGGUCAUCCUGGAGCGCAGGCAGAACAUGUCGGUGGUUAUACCCAAGCCCCCGCAGUGCUUCGACGAGUACUUACUGUACCAGUGUUCCUACUUGCUACACAGCAGCCCAGCCAAGAGUCUCAUCAUCCCCAUGUACACUCCCCCCGCCUCCCUUCCUGAGGAGAUGACAGACCUGUUUGUGGAACAGGAGAAGGCCAGACACAAGAUCCGACUGGAGCACUACCUGGAAAGGGAAAAGCUGAUCAUGUCGUGUGAACAAGAGAUCCUGAGGGUUCACUGUCGUGCUGCGCGUGCCCACGCCAACCAGAGCGUGCCGUUUAGCGCGUGUAAGAUCCUACUGGACGAGGAGGUGUACAACGUGCCCCCGGAACAGCGUACCGAGGACAAGCCGCAGGGUAGGGACAGGUUCACCGCCAGACAGUUCCACUCCUGGUUACAAGAUGUGGACGAGAAAUACGAGGCAGCCAAGAACUGCCUGCUCCUGCGUCACCACCAUGAAGCCACGUCUCUCCAGGCCGUCCAGAAGAUGGAGUGGCAGCUACGGCUACAGGACCUCGGCUACAAGGACGCCAAGUCCCUCACCGACAUCAGCGACUUCUACGUUCCCAUGGUUACAGUCAGCGAGGACUUCGACCUUCUUCCAGCAUGAGAUUGAAUCACUGGACACUCAGUAUACAGAACUCAAAAGCCCUCUUGCAGGCGUCUGGAGUACUGCAGUGAUAUGGUAGUUUUGGCUCAAGAAGCCAGAUGUGUUCAGCUACAUGGGUUACGGUAAUGUGUAGCUAUUGCCCAAAGUACAACUUCAGUGGGUAUCUCGUAAACAGCAAGCCGUUGGUGUUUAAGGGCAGACGCAAAACACCAAAAUGUUAACCUAGUAUAGAUACAGGACUGCGUGCAAGGUCUGUGGUAUGAAUUUUUUUAACAGAGAAGAAUCGGAUUUUGUACAUCACAAAUAUGCCAGUAAUCUGCACAUAGAAGUUACAGAAAUUACAACACUGUUGUGUACGAGAUGUAGGUAACGUCGAGUGGCUAUGUAAAGUCGUCUACAGUUCAGUACUAUGAGGACAUGAGAGUUUGUGCAAAUCUGCCAUACAAGACAGAAUGCACGCAAAAGAUUGACGAAUAGCUAGUUCAGAUAGGGCUGAUUUUAACCGCAACAUUACAGGUGUUGCCAAAUAGCUUGUGUAGUGGUUAGUGUAGUCCUCAAAUUACAACCUCAGAGUACGAUGUUUGUUUUAGUGGUAAUGAGCGUGUAGUGAUGCCUCCUUGCUGCUUUAAUGAGAACUGCAGGUUUUUAUCCAUACUAGUAUGUUCUGUCUAUCAUUCAUGCCCCUUUGAUAACAAAUCCUGUAAUUCUGAGUCUUUCUACCUCUGUUGAAUUGGUAAUCUGUGUCCAUUUAAUGUGAAGGUAAGAGAAGUCAGAUUUGUUUUUUGGCAUCGAAGAAACAAUGGAAAAAUAACCACUCAUUCCUGUGUACUUGCAAAAAGAUGCAAAAGAAAAGCUGCAGCUUGUCUUUGAUUGGUGAAUAUCUUCCACGAAUAAGUGAGCUGCAAUGUCUGUGAUAUGUUGUGUUAUGUACAUAGUGUACAUAUAGAUUGGAUGAGUAGGGGUAUUAUAUAUUUUUUCCUUGAUCACACUGUUGAGCAGGUUGUGUAUAUAUACGUAUGCGAUAUCUAUAGUUGGAGUUUGUUAAAAGUACACUGUUGAAGACCCACCACACAAAUUGUUGUGUGAUCUGUACUUCCUGUGUUUUACACUUGUCCUAGGUACAUUCCACCUAUGUGUACUUGUGUAGUAGUAGUAGUAGUGCAGAUUGUCUUAAGCAGUUAAAUGGUACAGAUAAUAGCUGCCAUGCUUCAAAGGUUAAAAUAGUGCACUGUAAUUUUCACCAUCUCUACAUGUAAUGUUGUACUACCCUUUGUACUGUGUAUAUAGCACAGUAGUGAAUCGAUAUUGCCAAGUUUUAUUUUUGUACUGCCAUGAUCUGACAGAGCUCACCACAAAAAAUUGACUUCUGGCUCAGAUACAAUUCCUGAACCAUUGUACAUGUAUUUAUUCCCAAAGUAAGAUAGCAUUCGUAUGAUGAUCCUUCUGUUGGUAAGUGGUAAAUAAAUAACUCCUACUGUUGUCUAUGCGGGCAAGCUGAAGCUACAGAACAUGUUCUGUUUGUUGGAUAGUACUAUUGUGUGUAUAAGGUCAGGAGUUGCAAAACUAGCAGUACAAGGCAACUGACUUCUACCUUUCUGUUCAUCCUUUGGUGUGUAAAUAAAGGAGUCACUAGUUUCUAA